CAAAAUUUCAAAGAACGUUGAAGGAUGAAGAAGACACACAGUCUAACUGUAACUACCAUUUUCAGUGCUCUCUUGUUCUUCUUCUUUUUCAUCAGCCAAUUCCCGCCUGUUCUCUCCUUCACUCGAUCACAAUGCAAGGGUUGGCUUGUACAAUCAAUUCCCACCGAUAUGCCGCAGCUUCAGCUGGUUCAAGGCGUCCUCUCUACUCGAGAUGUAUUCGUAUGGUUAGCUGGAAACUCGACGCGGCGUUUGGAUAUCAUUGCUCAGUACUGGGAAUUACUAGCUGGUCCUAAUGAUUCUCGAUCAGGGGACUAUGGAUACUCGAAUGAGGAUUUGAAGAAAUUUGGGGCUAAUAAAGGUUAUGAUGUUUAUUCAGCCAUAGAGAAAGCUGCCGAUCGCAAUGUCAAUGUCAGGUUGGUAUCUCACUCGGGGGUAUAUCCAACCUUUGGAAAAGAACCAGCUGACUUAGCAUCUGGAAGGCCAAACGUGCAGAAUGUAACUUUAUUACUUGGUGAUUGGUAUGGAUCAGGCAUAGUCCACUCCAAAGUUUGGAUAUCUGAUGAUAGAGAUGUGUAUAUAGGGUCUGCAAACCAGGACUGGAAAUCUCUUUCACAGGUGAAGGAACUCGGAAUAUAUCUUACAGGCUGUCCAAAAAUAGCAGCUCAUGUCAAGGUCUAUUUUGACAAUUUAUUGAAACUUGCAUUUCUUAAUCCCACGGAUUACACAAGAACAAUAUUUGACCACCAGUGGCAGACACAAAGAAAAGUUCCUUGCUGGUCAUAUUUUAUUGAUCCCGAGUCUAGAUGCAGGUCCCCGCUUCCACCAUAUGUUAAGUUUCUCCAUACUUUGGGCUAUCCGAUUAUAUCAGAUCCUUACACACUCAAUUUAUCAAUCCAGACUCCUGGUAGCCGCUUAUCAACGUUGCUGCCUCACUCUUGCUACCUCUCUUUCGCCCCUCCAGAGCUAUUAUUUGGCAGGUACCAAUCUGAUGAACAGGCAUGGUCAGACACAAUUAAAUCUGUGAGCAAUGGAGCAACUGUUAGGAUUAGUACCAUGGACUGGCUGGGUCAGUCUGAAUUUACCAACCCCACAAUUUACUGGUCGUCCUUGUCUUCUGCAAUAUCGGAGGUCGUCUUUUCAAAAAAUGCAACUGUCAGAUUAUUGGUAUCAUACUGGACACAUUUUGUUGAGGGCACUGAUCCAUACCUCAAGUCUCUCCUCUACUCAAACAUCCUCUGUAACUCUUCAAAGUUCAAUGAUUGUUUUGGCAAAGUUGAGAUCAAAUACUAUGUGGUUCCCGGAUACAACGAAACAGGACCAGCACUUUAUCACAACAGAACAAGAACGGAAAACAGAUAUCCAAGUUUUACUAGAGUUCAACAUGGAAAGUAUGCAGUUAGUGACGUUAGAGCACAUAUAGGAACAAGCAAUCUUGGAUGGGAUUACUUUUAUGUAACUUCUGGUGUCAGCUUUGGAACAUACAACCCAGCUAUUGUUAAGCAGCUUCAAGAAGUGUUUGAUGCUGACUGGAAUUCUCCUUAUACUCUUCCUGUUAAAGCCAUACAGGAUGGCCCUACAUUUUCCAGCUGAUUUGCACUUGAAUAAAUGGAGGUUUGAUGAAAUUACAGAGGAACAAGCUACAACAAAUCAUGUGGCUCAUUAUUUAGUACAUCUCUACACUAGAUUGGUAGUGGUACAAAUUCAAUUUAGAUGUGUCUUAUUGCGAGGAUGAUAUUGCCAUAGUGUCUUUUGCAAUUCAAGUAGAGUCGAGAGUUUGUUUGGAAUGACUUUAUAAAUAUUUAAAGAUCAUUUUUGUCAAUUAAUUUCUUCCUUUAUUUUGUCCAUUA